AUGCUCAGGGUCUACACGUCUUUGAAGGAGAGGUUCGACGAAGAGUAUGCCCUCUUGUUUGUGUUCAAUAUGCAAACCGCCAUGGAAAUGCACCGUGCGUGGAACAUGACACUCCUGACGUCCAAGACGCUGAAAAAGUGCUCAGAAAUGGUUGGGCUGACGAUGACAUGGGAGCUCGGCGUGAUCAAGCUGAAGUUCUUCAUGGAGGACGGCGAUUUUGAGCUACAGCGAAAGGUGCCCUACGAUUACGAUUCUGAGUUCCAAGACAUGUUCAUGAGGAUCGCCUCUGCGCUUUACAAUGGUCACAUGACUGUCCACGAGGCUUUGCUCUUCCAGCAAGAGGCGAAGCAAGGGAAACACACGGCCAGGACAGGUUUGUUUAUCCGUGACUACCCCGGCAGAUUGAUCGUUUUGCCCGCCAUGUCCAGCACCUGUGCGGUGAUCUUCUUCGGGGGAUCCGAGAAAGAGGCCGGCGUGGCCGCCUUGUGCGGUCUGGUUACGGGUUUGAUCGAGUACGGUUUGCUGAAAGUCGGGGGCGACGCCACGCUGCUGAUCGACCUUGCAGUGGGGCUCUCGACCGGCUUCAUUGGAAGUUUGUUCUUCCAAGCAGACAACUCCUAUUGCCUCGUUUCCAUCUUCAUGGGGACCUUAUACUGGUUCUUCUAUGGCACCGCCUUUGUCGUCGGGCUGGUGGAGAUCUUGGCUGGAGAACUCGAGACGGGUGUGACCCGCUUCAUGGCCGUCAGCAUCAAGACCUUCGUCCUGUGUGUCAUGGCGUGUUUCGGGAUGCUUUUGGCAGUCCCAAACCCUGGCCAGGUGUGGGAGGCGCAGUCUCAGAAUUGUGGCGUCAUUAACCUGGCCGAUCAAUGGUGGCGAGUUCCUUUGUACUUGGCAUGUUCACUCGCCGUCCUGGGACAGUACCGCUUUCGCUUGGAGCAAUGCUGGCGCGGCUUGCUUGUGCAGCUUGCAGGAUACGAGGUCCAGUUUCAGGUUACCCAGUUCUUCCAGCAUCAACGCGAACGCCUUGCCAGCAACGACAUGACACCCAUCGUCAAAGACAACUUCGAUGUAAUGGCUUCGAACGUCUGCGGUGCUGCAGCCAGCGUCAUCACGGCUUGCACGCUGUCGGCCAUCAUGGAUUUUAUCAAUUCCAUCUACUAUGCCCAGCUCCUCCAGCGCGGGGCGCACAGGGACGAGACGGACUCCAAACUGGACGACAUCUUGUUCGGCUGCAUAUCGGUGGUCGUCAAGUGUUUCAACUGCAUCGGGAUUGGCAGGAAGCAUGACAAGGACAUGGUUGAUCUCGAGAAGAAGAUCUACCAGCAUUCAAAGGAGCUCAGGGAUCCCUCGCACCCCCGUAGUGAAAUCAAGCUGGAUCCUCACGAGGAGGAUUUGUUGCUGGACACGAUCGUGUACGCCGAGUCGAUGAACAUCUGGUCUAUGCUGAUGCCGGCAGUCUACCAGCUAGUGCCUGGCUCGAUGAUCGCCAGGAUGUGGUUCAACACCAUCAUCCCGCCCAGUGAUCCUUCAGUUGAGGAUAACACGUUUGCCGGCCUCAUGGUCACGUCGAUCUCCCUGGCGCUGGGCCUGAUCAUCGGUGAGGCUAUUGUUGAGCUAUUCACCGGCAUCGCGAACCUGCUUUUUAAGUCGAGGAACAAGGACAAAGAGUCCAAGACUCUGAAGCCAAGUGACCGUAGCCAGUUGACCACCAGUGCCAUGGGUGCGGAGAUCGAGACAAUUUCUCAAGAUAGUUCUUUUCGGCUUUAA